AUGUACUCUUUGGUUCCACAGAUUCAACUUAAACAUGAACGGAGCCCAAUCCACGUCCAGUCAUCUCUUGAUGUAAGCUAUGGAAAGCAGUGGAACCAGAGCAGCAACAAACACAGGGUCCUCUUCAAUCAGUCCCUCAGAAACCAGUCUGAACCCGGCCUCACCAGUUAUGCUGUGGAGCUCAGCCUGCGACUUCUAGACCGAGGACUGAAUUACAGAACUCAGCUUCUGCACUCUUAUUUCAAGAAACACAAAUCUGAGAGCAGCACCCACCUGAAAAUCAACUACAACAAUCAGAUACCUCUGGUAGCUGGCGUCCAUUGGAAGGACGUGUCAACAAAGACCUCCCUUCAAAAGUGGGAAGGGUCAUUUAACAUGGAUACUCCCUGGCUCUAUGUGUACAUAGCUCAAAAACUAACUCAGCCCCAGCGUGGCAUCACGCAUUUCAGCUCUGAGGUCACCACACGGAAACUGGUGAACAUGCGAAGUGUUAAGCUAGAGGGUUUCUACAAGCAUAGGGGCAAAGAACGACAAGGCCAGCUGCACCUUUUCACACCGACUGCCAGUUAUAUUAAGGUUGGUGGAUGGAACAUGCUGGGCAAGCGUGGAGUUAAAGCUUCAUGCUCCAUCAGCACAGCCUGGACACCAGCUUUGCACGGGCAAAUAUCUGUAGUCAAUGGCAAGCAAGUGAAAACUCUGGAAAUAAGUGCAGGCUGUGGCAAGCAAGACCUCAAUAUUUCUGCGGUUCUCAGUACUCUGGAUAAGAAGCUAAAGAAGAGGCUUUUGAUGAUGGCAAUGACCCUGUCGGAUCUAAAAAACUCUUAUGCGGAGCUACAGAUGGAGGGUGCCAUAGAAGAGAUACGGAAGGAAAAGAAAAUGUAUCAGAAAAGAUGGAAGCUAAACUUCAGACAACCAUUCACGUUUCUCCCUCAAAGUCUCAUCCUCCAGGAGACAUUCACAAGUCAUCUACAUCAGAAGGUUUAUACUUUAGAGUCAAAGGUUCUUGUCCAUGGAAACAAAAAGGUCAUUCAUGUCCUUACUCUGGGUUUCCAGCCACAGCAGCCAUACUUUCCUACGUGUCCCGUGUGCCUUCAGAUCUAG